AUGUGGUACCACGAAAAAAGCAUUGAUCGUACAGGCAAGGUGGAAUAUCCGUUAAAGGAUACGAGCAAUAUUAUUCUCUAUGGCGAAAAGUUAGACGAGACAUUAUUUGUAUAUGCACACCCACUGAUGGAUGAUUUCGAUUUCUUGGGGAUCUAUGAGAGCGGGACAACGUUAUAUCCUCCCAACGAAGACCGAAAUCAUGAUCAGAUGGUAUUGGAUGAAGUGUUUGGAAACGCGUUUGAUUAUGAAGAUAUGAUCUCUUCAGCGCAACUACCACGGCCUGCGAAUGCAUUGAGCGAACUGGAUCUGAUAAAUAAGAUUGCACACACGAUGCAUGAUCCAGUGGCAAGUCGAGACUUGAUUAGUGAGGCCAAGAACGCGAUGGAGGAGAAAAAAUUGUUGAUGAAGAAUAAGCAUUUACCGGUUGUCACCCAAAGUAGGAUGCCUAAAUCCAAACCAUCGAAAUACAAGGCACCUGUCAAUAUCAAUAUACCCUAUGAGAAGCUCACACUCGAAAAGAAGAACAUCAUCAAAAACUUGAUCAAGGAGACACUCACCUCUCCAGCCAAGGAAAAUAAGAACAUCAACCAACUCAUCUAUUCCAGCAUCCGUUUUGUAUACCGUAAUAUUAUGACAUCGUCAAAACCGAUAGACGAAGCUAAAUUAAAAUGUAUCAUUCAAAUGCACGCGGAUUUCUAUACCAAUGUUGAAAAUGUGGUUCAAUUAUUUCAUCCACAAGAAUACUCUCCUCGUCCAGAUGAUAAUCAAUAA